AUGGCUGAGCAGCAGGCGUCCUCUGGAUCACACAGCGAUGAAACCUGGACUCUGGUGGAGCGACGGAAACCUUCCCGACAAGCGGGGACGCGUUUCCCGUUGCUCGCUGGGCACCUGCGCACGAGGCUCGACGUGGCCUGUGCUGAUCAAGAACUCGAGAGCUUCUGGCACUUGUUUACUGCCAAACUGGACCAAGUCACGCAGUUUUCCCGCAAAACCUUUCAAAAUUUCACGUGCUAUAACUUUGAACGCUUUAUUGGACUGGGCAUCGGGGCCUUUACCAGCGACUGGCGAGCUCAGUGGCAGUUGGCUUGGCUGGUAGCUCUCCAGCGGUACCUGAAACAGUACACACGAACGGCUGGAGUCGCGAGCGACUGGGUGCUCGUUGAGCCGCAGCUGACAAGUCUGGAAGUAACCUUGGCGAAGAGGCUGGGGUUUAGGGUUUUUCGUGCCGAUCCCAAUGCACCCGUGCGUUGUCGUCAUUGUCGUCGAUCACAGAGCGACGCUGCAGCGCAAGCUGGUGCGCAUACCGACAGGGUUCCCGCGUCGUCUCGACUCGGUCGAUCACAACUACCGCACAGCACCCGUUUCCAUGAUUAUAUUAGACCGGACGCGGUGCGAAGACAAAGCAAAGAUUCAGGGAGCGGCUACACCCUGCUAUUCAUGCCACACUGUGGAAUCGGUCUCAUAGAACUCGUUUUACAACUUUACUGGGACCAGGAUGCACUGAGUCGACUUCAUUUUGUGAGUAGCGAUCUUGUCGAGCUGAUAACGAGCCACGAACAGCGCUCUGUCGCAUUAGCCGCCGAGCGAACGUCAUCUGUGCACGGGCGUGGAAACGCGCUGGUUUCGUGCUCCGACCGGCAACUGCCGCUCGCGAAGGACGCCUCAGGGUCUACGUGCGAAACCAAGGCAGCAGUAGCAUCGGCAACUCAGGAAUUACCUUCACUCACUGAACCUUGCUGUAUGCUCGCGCUUGCUUCCCAGCACUGUAUCCGAUGGAUCGCUCCAGUAGACCCUGAAGGCUUUAGAAAUUCCAAUGUGCGGCAGGCCGCGUUUCAUGGACUCGGGUGGCAAUGUAUUGAGGAUCCGACGACGGCUGCACUGGAAGCGAUCCGGCCUGGUGACUGCUCCACCGAUCGUGCGGAUCCAGCACAACUCGCGGCCGCGAUGCAUUACAUACCACUUUAG